AUGUACAUACGUGCUGAACUAGUUGAUCCAGAUCGCAUGCUCGUUGAGAUGGGAACUGGAUAUUUUGCAGAAGUUAGUCGUGAAAAAGCCCGCGACUUCUUCGACCGUAAAAAGAAAUAUAUCACGAAACAGGUUGAAACGAUAGAGAAAAUUAUUCUUGAUAAGAAACGAACGAGAAAUAUCAUAUCCGAAACGCUACAAUCUAAGAUCCAAGCACAGCUUGCCCAAAUGCCGCUGCCAAAGUGA